CCGAAAUGGUGCAUCAUCUGGAUCAGCAGCAGGGUGAAUUUUUAUCCUCUAAAUUUUCGAUUAUUUCGUCUUCUGGACGAUAUUCGUCACUGAGGGAGAAGUUUCAUUGUUUGAUGGAUAGGAAGAAUCUAAAAUGGGCAUCACUAAUUGUAUUAAUCCUUCAAACGACAGUUCUUGUUUUAGUUUUACACUAUUCACGUGUACAAAAAGUUGAUGGACCAAGAUAUUUGUCAUCGACAGCUGUAGUUACUGCUGAAAUAAUCAAGCUGCUUACGUGUAUCGUCUUUAUUGCACAUCAACACUCAUGGGAAUGUGUGGGAUUCAUGAACGAAAUUUACACGGAAUGUUAUAUCAAGUCGAAAGAUACUUUGAAAAUGGCUGUUCCAGCAUUUUUAUAUGUCGUGCAAAAUAAUCUUCUUUUUUUGGCUUUAUCGAAACUUGAUGCAGCUACUUAUCAAGUAACUUAUCAACUGAAAAUUCUCACAACAGCAUUAUUUUCCGUAACAUUGCUGGGGAAGAAAUUGAACAGUCAAAAAUGGAUAUCAUUAUUGUUGUUGACGGUUGGAGUGGCUUUAGUGCAAUUGCCCGAUGAUUUCGGUAAAAUAACAUCAUCAACAACAAGUUCUGCGUUAUCAACGGAUUCGGAUAAAAUGGUCGGAUUAAUUACUGUCAUUGCAGCUUGUUUUUCGAGCGGUUUUGCUGGUGUUUAUUUCGAAAAAGUCUUGAAAAGUUCUUCGGUUUCACUUUGGAUGCGAAAUUUACAACUUGCAUUCUUCAGCAUUUUUGGUGGAUUCUUUAUGGUCUGGUUUUACGAUUUUAAGCAAGUAAAUGAGCAUGGUUUUUUUCAAGGAUAUAACAGCAUAAUUUGGACUGUUGUUCUGCUCCAGGCUUAUGGGGGACUUGUUAUAGCUUUAGUAGUAAAAUAUGCCGAUAAUAUACUGAAGGGCUUCGCAGUAUCAUUUUCAAUUGUAUUGUCUAGCGUAAUGUCCUACUGGUUGCUGGGUGAUUUUCCAACCAUCAUUGAUUUUUGCUGCUGGUGCAUUGGUUGUCAUUUUUUCGACAUUUUUUUAUGGAUAUGAACCAAAGCAAUCGCCCAAGUUGGUGCAGUCAGAAAAUUGAAAAUUAAACGAAGUUAUGAGCAGUGUACAAAAUCAAGAAACGAGUAUGGGCACACGUUAAAUAUAUAGAAAUGC